AUCCGGUGUGCAGGCGGCGCUGCAGUGAGCUGAAUGGUAAACACCACUCAGCUGUUAGCUCGUUAGCUCGUUAGCUCGUUAGCGUCCCCUGCUAACCCCGGACCUGGGCGGUGUUUCACAGCGGUCGUUCAGUGAGUGACAGCAGGACACGAUGGCCUCCCCUCUGCCCCUCUCCUCCCUGCGUCUCCUCGUCCCUCCUGUCCGCCUGCUGGCAGCGGCCAUGUGGCAGGUUGCUCGGCAGCAGAGCGUGAAGCACUACGGGAUGCUGGAGGACUUUGUCUCCGUGGUGACCGAGGCGGUCCCGCAGCUGCUGACGGACAGGCAGAGGAGUCUGCUGCUGCUGGCUCUGAGGGCAAAGGUGACCCUCUGUGACCCCGAGGAGGUCUUCAAUCACCUGGACAGGACCCGCCUUGUCUCCGCAGCAACAGUGAGCGAGCAGCCGGACGAGGAGGCGGACGAGUGGCGUUCAGCUCUGCUCACUCUGACUGACAAAGUAACGAAGAGCCCGGCGGACAGACGGCGCCUCCUGCAGGAGGUGUUUAACCAGAGGUUUGACUCCGCCCUCCAGUCCCUCGUGUCCGACUUCCUGUCCAGGAUCGAGCAGCUGUUCCCUGUGCCUGACUUCAAACAGGUAACAUUGUGUCUGUCUCAGGCUGCGUCCUGGCUCGAUGCUGCCCCCGAUGGUCUGGAGGACUGUCUGAAGGAAGCGGACUGCGAGGAUUUGAGGGAGCUGCUGACCAAUCAGAGCUGCUCACUGGGCCGAGCGACCACCACAGUGGGUCAUGACACUGAGAAGAUCCUCCUCUCCGCCUGGUCCCACCCCCUUUUCACCGAACUUACCAAUCCUGAGCCGCCCCCCAUCGACACUCGGGUCCAGUCGGACGCCCUCCCUGGUGCGGUCCGCCCUGUGCAGCUGGACGUGGAGCUGGUGAAAGUGGAGGUGGUGGUGAUGACGGAGGACGAGCGGGAGCAGGAGGUGGAAGAGACUGUGAUUGGUCAGACGGAGUCGCCAGUCGAGCAGGAGGCGUCCAAUGAGAGUUCAAUGACGUACGGCGACGAAUGUGCCGUCACAUCUGUGAUGCUGCAGGUGGACGGGUUGAAGGACUCACCUGGAAACUCAGCGGACCAGUCAGUCACAGUCGACCAAUCGGAUCAGUCGAGCUCUGCGGUCACCGCCAAUGCUCUGUACAGCAUUUCCCAUAAUUCUCAGCGGGUGGCUCACAAGUGUCCUGUUUGCAGCAAGUGUUUCAUCUACCGUUCUCAGGUGAUACGUCACCUGCGCACCAACAGGUCCUGCCGCUCGGCCUUAACGCCAGCCGGAGUUGUGAUGAUGCAGGAUUCACCAGGUGCCUGUGAUGAAAAGCCCCGCCCCCCGGAACCCCGCCUCCCGCAGCCCCGCCCCGGCAGGGCCCACUCCUGCUUCCAGUGCAACGCCGUCUUCAAAACCAAAGCCGAGCUCCUGUCGCACCAGCGGAGCCACCGCGCCCGGCCCGUGUAUCAGUGUGGUCAGUGUGAGAGGAAGUUCCACCACCUGUCCAGCCUGACCAAUCACAAGCAGACGCACCUGGACCGCGGACGCUUCACCUGCGGCCGCUGCCACAAGGCGUUUGGGUCGGCCAAGGAGAGAGACGCCCACCGGCUACAGCACCGGCAGCCCGACCUCACCUGCACCGUGUGCGAGCAGACGUUCAGCUCGCAGAUGCAGCUGCUGCGACACCUGCAGACGCACUCUGUGGAGGGGGCGGAGCCUCGCUACAGCUGCCGCUUCUGUGAACUGACCUUCUCAGGUGUGACUCAGCUUCGUAUCCACCAGCGCACGCACGCGCUGCGCUCGUACCAGUGCGACCUGUGCAGUAAGACGUACGGCUCGCUGACCGGCCUCCAAUCGCACAGGGCCAGCCACGGCGCCGAGAGCCGCUUCCUGUGUUCGCAGUGCGGCAAGCGCUUCAAAACGCGGGGCGGGCUGGAGAGCCACCUGCGGACGCACACGGGGGAGCGUCCUUACCGCUGCCCCUACUGCCCCAAAGACUUUGCCGCGCUCGCCGGCCUCAACGUGCACGUGCGGCGGCACACCGGGGAACGCCCGUACGUGUGCACGGUGUGCGGCAAGGGUUGGCCGUCUGGAGGCGACUUGCAGAAGCACAUGAGGAUGCACACGGGCGAACGGCCGUACGUCUGCCUUGACUGCGGGAAGGCCUUCGCCAUUUCCUGUCACCUGACCGAACACCGGAGGAUUCAUACCGGAGAGAAACCCUUCUCGUGUCCUGACUGUGGGAAAUGUCUGAGGAGGAAGUUCGACCUGAAGAAACACAUGUUGUCUCACAGCAGCGUUCGACCCUUCGCCUGCGUCUUCUGUCCCAAGAGCUACACCCGCAAGACGCACCUGACCCGACACCUGCUGACCCACAGGACGGAGGUCGGCGAGGGGGACAUGGGCGGCGGCGACUAAAGCACUCAUCAUCUGUCUGUUUGCGAUGAUGUCAUAAGACUCAUAAGCCGCUGAUGGUCGUGUUGUUUACUUUUCCGACGGCGGUUUUAUAUCUAAUUAAACAACAGACACGCUACUGUGAUUCUGUAGAAUCCAGAUCCACUUCAGUCCAGAUCUUCUCAGGCUCCACGUCACUUUUUAUCAUUAACUAAUAAAGAUCUGAUCCAGUCCUGGUUUGUCUGGAGGCUCAGCAGCUGCUCCAGGUCAACCAACUCUCAGAGCACAAAUGUAAAGAUGUAAAGAAAAGUUAUGUUAGAGUGUUUUUGUUGCCAAGGAGAUUUUGUGUUUGUGCUGUUGAUGUGACUUUUGACAGAUGGGAGUCGGAGGCGAGCGUGGUAGACAGGAAGUGAGCUUUAUUUAAGCAUUGUGAAAGCAGGAAGUGACGGAUGCUUGCGUUUAGUCUUCGUCGUCGGUUCCUUCUUUUCCCGUUUGGUCGAUAACUUUCCUCAUCCACCUGCUCAUCCUGAACAGGUGAGUGUAGAAGCCGUACUUCCCGUCUCGGUCACAGCCCUCGCCCCACGACACGAUGCCCAUCUGAUACCAGCGGUUCUCUGCCGGGUACUGAACAGAGGAACCAGGACCAAAGACCGUCACCUCAUCUACAAACCACUGCUUCAGAAUCUGAUCGACUGAAUAGCAACUAAAACAAUCAAACAUUUCCUGAUCUCCGCUGCUUUUCUUCUGUUAUGCUCCACAGAUUCUCUCCAGAUAAAACAAGAACCUUCAAGGCCUUUCA